AUGUGCUUGAAGAUCUUCGAAAGCUUUAGCUACGUGGGGGCAAGCGAUGUCUUAGAGGCUGCGAAAUCUUUAAUGCUUGCCGACCAAGAACCCACUAAAAGCGCGGUAAAUGAAAGAAGCAGAUCAAAAUUCACUUUCGCGGCAAUGAAAGCAGCACAAAAUUACGAAGAAUGGCUGAAGCAUCACUUAGAAAAGGUCAACAAUCUGCCAAUCAGAUCUUUGAAAGCGUUUGAUGCAGUAGAUCAACUCGAGGGCGAGGGAGCAAUAUAUCCGAAGGUUGGAGAUAGUAAGGGUAUCAUAAAUAAAGGAAAUCUUGAUCGGAACAAUCAAAAAGAUUAUAAAUGCAGGGAUAUCAGUCACUCUCCAGGCGGUACACUCGUGCACACUACAUCUCAAGACAAUACACUAGUCUUUCUGAUGCCAGUGCAUUGUCGAGAUUUGAUCAAUUAUGCUAAAGAUGGCGUUUAUGCCAAGGAUUUAAUCUCUGAUUACAUCCAAGGCGUUCUCAUCUUGGCGAAAGAAACAAAGAAUGUGCUCGUUUGGGAGGCUGGACUCUUCCGGUGGCCAUUUGUUAGGGGCGUGAGGGUUCGGAAGGGUGUCCCGCAUUUGGGUCACCCAUUUACAGACCCUGAUGGAAAGAUCAUGCAAUACGAGGAUCGCGUGCUGCAUGGUGGAAGGGAUAGCGAUAUUGUUGCGGUUGAUAGUUGCUCUCCUUUUACUUUUGAAUCGGUUUGUAAGCACCCGGAGUAUGAAGCGUGGCUGAAAAAGCAUCUGUUCGCUAGUCGAAAGAAGAAUGCCAUUUAA